AUGGCCGCGCUGCCCGAGCUCAAGGGCUACCUCCUCAAGAAGAGUCGGCAAGGCCGCUUCCAGAAGCGCUGGUUCGAGGCCACGAGCCACUACCUGACGUACUACAAGAACGCCGAGAGCGAGAAGUUGCUCGCGUGCAUUGAUCUUUGGCGAAGCGGCAACAUUCAGAUGGGCGUCCCGGAAGGCUACGCGUCGUCGGACGUCACGACCGCCGACUUUUCGCUCAAGAUUGGCGACCAAGACUACUUCCUUCGUGCCGCCGACCAGCAAGAAGCGACAAAGUGGGUCACGGGCUUGAAAGCGCGGCAGAUCAAGCCCGAUGGCGCCAUCUCGGACACGUUCAGCCACCACGAAGAGGUCUACAACGACACAUCGAGCGAGGUCUCGAGCGCGUACAACGACGACGGCCGGAGCCUCGGGCCCAACAGUCGCCCGGCGUUUUUGGAGGACCGGUUGAGCCUCGGCCCGAGCGCCCGGUACGUCAUGGACCGCGACGAAGCGUCGGCGCAGGAGCUCGUGGGCUCGAGUGUGCGCAAGACAAUACCGGUCAUCGUGCAGCCGAUCCCGCCGGCGGCGACCAAGAAGCAGACGUCGCUCCGGUCGAUCACGACGCCGACGACCAACAACGUCCAUCCGAUGCUGCCACCCAAAGCCAAAGACGACAAAGUGUCGCUGUGCUGCGGCAAGUGCGACUUCAUGUAA